AUGUCUGUCUUGUUGGCAGACAUAGACGCCACUUGCGCAGCGCUGGGCGUAAGCGAUGGCAAGCGCUAUCAGGCGGAGCCCGAUGCGGCGGAGGGCUUAAAGCAUUUAAUUUGGAUAUUGCGUCGUGAUCUGGAUAAUCACGAGUAUCGUCGCCAUUUGGGACGCGCCAAGGUGCUGCAAACGGAUCUUGUAUACAUGCUGCCCGAUUAUGUGCAGCAUGAAGAGCUGGCGGAUCUGCUGAUACGACUGCUGGUCAUAUUGACCAAUCCGACGCUGCUGCUCUAUCGCGAGGGACCGCCCAAAGAUAAUCACGGGCGCAAAGUGUUCCUUGAGUUAAUUGACAUACUGCAAGGCUAUAAAGUAGCCUUUGCCAAGGAUAAAAUCUGGACAGCUCUGUUUGACAAGCUCAAACAAGCAUUGGAAAUUGCCUUUGCCAUACGCAGCGAGGAGCAGAAUCUUCUGAUUGAACGAAUCCUGGUGCUUGUGCGCAAUGUGCUCCAAGUGCCAGCAAAUCCUGAGGCCGAGUGCCGUGCGGACAACGAUGCCAGUCUGCACGAUCAGGUAAUUUGGGCGCUGCAUCAGACAGGAAUGCUGGAUUUGGUGCUCUUUAUAGUCUCCUCGCCGGAUGAGGAGCAAUUUCAUUUGCAUGGACUCGAAAUCAUUUGUCUAUUGUAUCGCGAACAGAGCGCCGAGUCCUUGGCGGAUGCUUCGCUGCAGCGCAGCCUCAGCGAGAAGCAGCGCGAUCAGCAGGAGCUGCUCGCUGCACGUCGGCGUGAGAUGGCCCGCCGUCAGGCUCGCCCGCCGCCCGGUCGACAUUCGCGCUUUGGGGGCACCUAUGUUAUACGCAACAUGAAAUCCGUCUCGGACCGGGAUAUUAUUUGCCAUCAGCCGCUGCAGCGUGUCUCCGCCAUGGAUUUUGAUCGCGAGAAGCAGGCGCAGAAGCGUUCCCAUCGCCAUAUCAAGGAGGAGGCGCAGGUGACGCGACGCAGUGCUUUUACUGUCAGAUUGUGCCUGCGCGAAUAUUGCAUUGAGGUGCUGCGCUCCGCUUACAACACGCUGGUGCGGCAGGUGCGACGUGUCCUGGAACGCAAUGCCGGCUCGUCGAGUCACGAUGACUCUUAUCUAUUGUGGGCCAUACGAUUUUUCAUGGAGUUCAAUCGUUUGAGUGGUCUACAAUUGCAGCUAGUCAGCGAGUCGCUGAGCGUGCAAUGUUUCCACUGGGUUCUGACGCGCAUGCAACAUGACAUGGACAUGAUUCAGUGCGACAAGAAGCAGGCGCGUCUCUGGGCCAAGCGCCUGCAUGUGGCCCUUCUGACAUUCCAGGAAUUGCUGCAAAGCCUGUUGGCACUGCAAAAACUGAAGGAUGAUGUGAACGCGCGUGGCCUGUUUGAUAUGUUAUUGAACAAUGUGUGCUAUGUGCUGGAGUAUCGGGAGACAAUACUGCAUUUGUUAAUGAACUACAAUGAGGCGCACAGCACAAAGGUAUUUCUACGUGACGUUGUGGAAACGGCAAAUGUAUUUAUUAAAAUGAUGGAGCGCUUCUGUCAGGAUGCAGUUGUCGUCCAGGACAAGCGGCGAGCCGGCGGUGGCAAGCGCAACGCUGGCAACAGCAAGAAGAAGCAGCAGCAGGCCAGCAAAUCGAAGCACUCACAGCCAACGGAGGAGGAACUCUCUAGCAAAUGGGCCGAAAUGGCAUCGGAGGUUAGUCUGUUGCUUGCAACAGAUCUGCAAUUGCCGAAGGAGCAGCAUCCCUUGCCAUUUGAUGCCACCUUGGAGAAGUCCAUCGAAGAUCAACGCGAGGAUUGCAUGAUGCGCAUAAAUAAGUUGCUGCGUAACGGUAAAUUGGAGCCGGCGAUUGCAUUGCUGCGUGCUGCCAGGGAAGUCUGGCCGGAGGAGGACGUAUUUGGAUCAUACACUGCGGCACCGGAGGAUGAAUUGUUGUUGUUGCGUGAGAUUUUUAUGCACAACAUUACAACAGUUGAUGCCACGGACGAGCCAAAUGGCGAUGAGAAUGAGAAUGAGGGCAACGCUAGCGAUGAGGAAAUAGAAAACGAGGAGUUCGGCGAGCCAGAUAAUGGACUCACAGAGAAAACGUUCAAAUUCGAGGAUUUUGCUCGCAGAUUGCUGCAUCCGAAAAUUGUGCGCGCCUGCACUUUGGUCCUGACCGACUGGACGCAGAUACCAACGCGGGCCCUUAAAGCUGCUGUCACCAUACUGCAUCGCAUCGCCUAUGGCUGCUCCUGUCCUGGCAUGCUCUACCAGGCCAAGCUGUUUCGUAUCUUUCAACAAGUCUUCAGCGUGGAACGUGACGCCCAUCAGGAGGAACUGCGCCGCCUGGGCAUCUAUGUGGUGCGCAAAUUUGUCGAAGUGGCACCAACUAAUCCAAAAAUCUAUGCAGAGUUAUUAUUUUACAAGGGCAUACGAGAGGCCAACGAGCUGGAGACGGGCUAUUGUGAUGCCUAUGAAGCCGGCACCAAGGGCGCCUGGAGCGAGGAGCAGGAGCUGGAGUUGCGUUUCCUAUUCGAGGAGAAUCAACGGAAUCCCGAAACCGAUAAGGAUGUGAUUGAUUGGAUUCUGGACAAUUUGGUUGACAAGACACGCACACGACGCGGCAUUCUAAAAAAACUCAAGGAAAUGGAGCUGGUCUUCAAGGCGCCCACAAAGCGCUCCACCAAAGCGGCUCUGGGCGGCAAGAACUUGUGGCAGCCGGAGGAGGAUGAGCAGCUGAGCAGCUUAUACGAUGAGCAUCGCUUUGUGCCAGAUUGCUUGGAACGCAUUGUGGCGGCGUUCGAGGAACGUCGCAACAAACAGCAGAUCAUCAAGCGAAUGCUGCAGCUGCAUCUUAUCGCAGACAAGUCGGAGAUUCUGCCCGCCAAGGCGAGCAAGGGCAGGCGUAAGCCCACCAAGAAGCAACAGGGCAGCGAUAGCGAUGAGCGGGAGGAGCAGGAGGAUUACAUGGAGGAGCCAACAUUUGGAGAGCCUCUGCCCAAGCAAGCAUUGGCCAAAUCAAAGCCACGCCAGCGAGUACGCACGCCCCUCGAUGUAGGCACGGUGCGUGCCCUUAUCUCUCAGGUGGAUACCGAAAAGUAUGCAGAGGCGCUGGAUUGGCUAAGGGAAUGCCUGGAGGAUGCCAGCGAGGAUACGGAAGAGGCGGCCGAGGACGAUGAUGAUGGUGUGCCGCUGCUGCCGCUACUCGAUAUACAAAAAGAUGCUAUGGAGCUGGCUGAUUUUCAGAAGGUGCUGCUGGCGCUAGGCAUGCAACCGCCCGUGGCGGGCAUGGAGAAUUAUUGGCGCAUACCAAGUUAUCUCAAUGCGGCAGAUCUAAAGCUGCGCGCUAAAAUUGUAGUCGGUGCUGAGCUGGAACAAGACAAUGACAGCGACGAGGAGCUUCUUCCUGGUGGAGACAAUGAUGAGGAGAACGAUGAGGAGGACUAUCUAGACAAGAACAGCAGGCGUCAGCAACAGGCCGCCGCACAGAAUAUAACGGAACAGCAGCAGCGCAAGCUGGACAGCCUGAUGUACAGCAAGAGCGACGAUGAUGCGGAGCAGCGCGAGCCGCCAGCGAAGGCCAAGGGAAAGAGACAACGCAAGGCCAAAGCCAAGCAGCAACAAAAGGACUCGGCGGAUGAGCAGGAAGUCAAUGAAAUAGCGCGCAAAUUGGCACGCAAAAAACGAAAGCCUGAUGUGUCCAGCGAGGAGUCCGAGCCAGAGCAGGAGCAGCAGCAGAAGCAUCCUGGCAAGCCCAACACGGAUGAUUUAUUUGAACAAUUGAAAGCUAAGCGUGCCACUAAAAUCAAAUUGAAGGAUAUGGUUUUGAAUGAGUCAACCAAGGCGACAACAGAAGAGGAGCAGGAGCAGGACGAUGAUGCACUCAACUUCAACUCAGAGGGCUAUAAGGCGCGGUUGCUCGAGCUCGAGGAGGAGGAGGCGGCGGAGAAGGAACAGCAGCACGAGGAGGAGCAGGACCAGGAGAAGGAGCGUGGGCUGCCAGUAAAGACGGAGCACAACAAAGAGAAUGCCACAUUGCAGGCGAAUAACACAAUCAAGACACCCGUCUCCGCCAACUCCUCUUCCGGGGCCCUGCAGCGCACACGUCGCGCUAAUGUAAUUGACUCGGAUAGCGACAACGAUGAUGCUGGCGCCAAGCCCGCUUACAAGGCAAACAAACGCCCACGCAGCGACAAUGAUGAGCAGGAUGGCCAACAACGGGAUGAGCCCGAUACGGACGAGGAUAUCAAUUUUCUGGCUCGCAAAAAGCCAGCCAGCACCGAGCCGGCCAAACGACGGCGUCUGGCUGUCAUCGAGGACGACGACGAUGAUGAUGAUUUCUAGUAUUUAAUUUAGUUAGAACUUUGAUUUUCCUAUUGAAUAAAUGUCACAUUGCAGUUUGUAUAAUGCUG